CCUAACCUAAACCUAGAAGGGAAGAAGCUGAAACCCCCAAAUUAGGUAAAAUUCCCAGAAUCUAAUCCAAAAUCUCUUCGAUUUGUCUUUGUUCGCGGGUAAAACAAUGGAACCACAAGUGAAGGAGAAAAUAGAGACAACGGUGCGCCAAAUGCUAGAAGAAUCCGACAUGAACGAGGUGACAGAGCACAAAAUUCGAAAGCUGGCGUCGGAGAAGCUUGGCAUUAACCUAUCCGAAGCCAAAUACAAGGCCUUUGUCAAGGAAGUGGUCGCUUCCUUCCUUGACGAGCUAAAGGCUAAAGAAGAAGAAGAAGAAGAAGAAGCCGCGGCAGAUGACGGCAACAAGGGCAGUAGUAACCAGGAGUAUGAUGAUGACGGCGACCUCAUUGUUUGCAAGCUGAAUGACAAGAGAAAGGUGACGAUCCAAGAAUUCAGAGGGAAAACUUUGGUUUCGAUAAGGGAGUACUACAAGAAGGAUGGAAAAGAACUUCCUACAUCUAAGGGUAUAAGCUUGACUGAGGAACAGUGGUCAGGCUUUAGAAAGAACAUAUCCAACAUAGAGAAAGCUAUUGAGAAGAUGAAGGCGAGGACCAUGUAAAAGGCUAUCUGGGCUGGGAGAAUGUGUAAUUGAGAACCUUGGUUCUUUGGUGACUUAGCCAGCCGACCAGGCAUUACUUUUGUGUGCAGGUUUAGCAUCCAUGUGCUAAGUGAAGAUGUUUUUGGGUAUGGCAAGUAUGUGAUUUUUUUUUAUGAAUGCUCAUGGUGGAGUGCUGGGCAGCUAGCUCUUACUCCCUUCCCCCGCCCAAAAGCCUUUCAAUGAAAGAAGACAUUUUUCUUGAAGGAUUAAGAUUUUAAUUCCUCUGCUUUUUUUUUGGUCUGUUUUGUUCUGUAGGCAUGAACAACCUCUUAGCCUGAAGGCAGUCUAAAUAAUUUUCUAACAAACUA